CAUUUGCCAAACAAAUGGAGACUAUAACCACAAUAAUCAGCAUGACGCUAUCGGCGCCGCUCUCAUACAACACGAUCAUCCUCGUGUUUGUUGUCUUCAUCAUCUCAUACGUUUCGCUACUUGUUGGCGGCGGCGGCAAGAAAUCGGUUGCCAAUGCCGCCGCCAACCGCCUGCCGCCGCCCUCCCCGCGGGGGCUCCCUGUCAUCGGCAACCUCCACCAGCUCGGCAGCCUCCCGCACCGGUCGCUGCGUUCGCUCGCGGCGGCGCACGGCCCCGUCAUGCUCAUCCGCCUCGGCCAGGUGCCUGCCGUCGUCGUGUCGUCGGCGUCCGCCGCGCGGGAGGUGUUGCAGGCGCAGGACCACGUGUUCGCCGGCCGCCCCUCGCUCACCAUCCCCAGGAGGCUCCUGUACGGCUGCACCGACAUCGCCUUCGCGCCGCACGGCGCCUACUGGCGCGGCGCGCGCAAGAUGAGCGUGCGGCACCUCCUGAGCCCGCCGAGGGUGCGCGCCUACCGCGCCGUGAGGGAGCAGGAGGUGGACGCGCUGGUCCGACGAGUUCUAGAGCAGGCGUGCGGCGCCGGCGGCGGCGUCGUGCGCCUGAGCGAGCUCCUGAACGAUUUCGCCAAGGACGUGGCCGGGCGCAUCGUGCUUGGACUGCGCGCCGCCGGGGACGACGGGUGGCGCGGCAAGGUGGACGCGCUGCUGGAGGAGAGCAACGUGCUGCUCGGCGCCUUCCACGUCGGCGACUACAUCCCGUGGCUCUCGUGGGUGAGCCACGUCGACGGCACGGACGCCAGGGUCACGAGGGCGUUCGAGAAGAUGGACCGGAUCCUCGAGGAGAUGGUGGACGCGGCUGCGACCAGAGGCAGAGAGAUGCCAUUGUCGGACUCCGGGGAAGAAGCGAGCGGCGGCGACGAUGCUUUCAUCCAUGUGCUGCUGUCACUGCAGCAGCAGCAGCGGCAGCAGCAGGAGGAGGAACCAACAGCAGAGUGGCGCCUCAGCAGGGACAACGUGAAGGCGCUCUUGGAGGACCUAUUCGGAGCCGGGACAGAGGCCACCAUCAUCGUCCUGGAAUGGGCCAUGGCAGAGCUGCUCCGGAACAAGGGGGUCAUGGAGAAGCUGCAGCGCGAGGUGAGACAAGCUCAAGCUCGGGCUCGGCGGAGCAGCAGCAGCGACAUUAUUGUCGGCGAACAAGAUCUGGCCGGAACAGGAAUGGAGUACCUGAGAGCAGUGAUCAAGGAGACGAUGCGGCUGCACACGCCGGGGCCCCUGCUGCUUCCGCACAAGUCCAUGGAGGCCACUCGAAUCAGCCACGGCCACGGGUACGACGUCCCCAGCGACACUAUGGUGAUCGUGAACGCCUGGGCCAUCGGGAGGGACCCGGAGGCGUGGGAGUCGCCGGCGGAUGAAUUCCGGCCGGAGAGGUUCGUCGGCAGCGGGGUGGACUUCCGGGGCCACCACUUCCAGCUCAUACCGUUCGGCGCGGGGCGGCGGAUGUGCCCGGGCAUCAACCUCGCCAUGUCCGUCGUGGAGCUCGCGCUCGCCAACCUCGUGGCUCGGUUCGACUGGGCGCUGCCGGGGGCGGAGCUGGAGCUGGACAUGGAGGAGACCACCGGGUGCACCGCGCGGAAGAAGGCUCCACUCUGCGCCGUCGCCACUCUGCUCCCCUGAUUCUCCCAUUGCCAUCAUGCGCCGUUUAUCAUGCACCUGAUGACUAGCUGUCUAGCUCAAACACACAGCCCCAAAUUAAACUAGACAUCAGUGUUCGCCACAGCUGACUCUACGAGUCAAAAGUUUCGAAAUCUCAGAGUCCUGCUCAUUAGUUAUAGUAGAAAACGAAAACGAAAGCUCAUUUGAAUUUGAAUUGUUCAAGCUACUUAGGCGCCGUU